UUUCAUGUUUAUUUGUUGUUCUACAGUUUACCUUUAAUCACGAUUAGUCGAAAAUACCUUAAAAGUACUAUAAUGUAAAAUUGACCACUGAGAUUGCGUCGGGGGACACGGUGGCUUAGUGGUUAGCACGUUCGCCUCACACCUCCAGGGUUGGGGGUUCGAUUCCCGCCUCCACCUUGUGGAGCCUCCCCGUGCCUCAGGGGUUUCCUCCGGGUACUCCGGUUUCCUCCCCCGGUCCAAAGACAUGCAUGUGAUUAAUGAUCGGUAGGGAAAAGUCAUCCUAAAUCCACGGACAACAGAACAACUGAAUGGCCGAAGAAUCGGAGUGAUGCUUUAUGAUGAAUGAGGAUCUUAAAGAUCUACUGCGUCAAAGGUUUGACAUGAUGGUAUGGACUUCUUUAUCAUAGAAGAAAAAAGCUCUUCUAAACAGACCCAUGGUAAAAAUGGAGUCAUGGACAUUACUCCCUGCUCCUCCUAACCUCUCCUUUCUUGAGCCCCUUCUUUAUGACAGCUUCUUCCCAGUAAAUGAGUCUAACUUUAACCCAGAGGAUUUUUUUAACAACACCACUCACCAUGCCUUUGACCGGACAAGCUCUGUGGUUAUCACCUUUGUGUACUUUGUGGUGUGUGCUGUUGGACUCUGUGGAAAUGCAUUGGUCAUGUAUGUGAUCCUUCGGUAUGCUAAGAUGAAGACUGUCACCAACAUUUAUAUUCUUAACCUGGCUGUUGCAGAUGUUCUGUGUAUGAUUAGCUUGCCCUUUAUUGCAAUUCAGCUAGCAUUGCUUCACUGGCCUUUUGGCGCUGCCAUUUGCCGUAUUGUCCUUACCAUGGAUUCACUGAACCAGUUCACCAGCAUUUUCUUCCUGACCGUGAUGAGCAUUGACCGGUAUCUUGCUGUGGUACAUCCAAUCAAGUCUACUAAAUGGCGCAAGCCAAGAGUGGCCAAAAGCAUCAGCCUUGCCAUGUGGGGGGUGUCACUGCUGGUUAAUUUGCCCAUUAUGAUUUUUAGUGGCCUGAACACUAAUAAGAAUGAGGCACGGACAUGUACUAUGCUGUGGCCAGAACCUCAAAAUACCUACUACACUACCUUCAUCUUCUAUACGUUUUUCUUGGGCUUCUUUCUGCCACUUAUUGUUAUUUGCCUGUGCUACCUGCUCAUCGUAAUCAAGGUAAAGUCCUCAGGUGUGAGAGUUUGCUCCAGCAAGCGAAAGCGCUCUGAGCGCAAAGUGACACGCAUGGUAUCCAUUGUGGUAGUUGUGUUUGUGCUCUGCUGGUUACCAUUCUACAUGUUUAAUGUGGCAUCUGUGACAGGCACACUCAUCCCUACACCAGUGCUGAAGAGCACUUUUGAUUUUGUAGUAGUACUGGGAUAUGCUAACAGCUGUGCCAACCCCAUUCUCUAUGCAUUCUUGUCAGAUAACUUCAAGAAGAGCUUUCAGAAUGUUCUUUGCCUCAAGAGGGUGGGAGGCCUGGAUGAAAUUGAGCGUAGUGACAGCCGGCAGGACAGGACACGGAUGGUCAAUGAUAUCAUCACAGAGACACAAAAUGCUGCCCUACUUAAUGGCGAUCUUCAGACAAGCAUCUAGGAAUGGCCAUCUAGGAAAUCUGGAUUUACAAAAAGAUAACCAGUACUACUUAAAGGAGUCCACUUUGCCUGAUUUUGAACACAUUUAGGGGACCCAAUAAAUUGUACAGGAUUGGUUAAUUCAGAGGUAACUUUUUUACUUGUUUCAUUUUAUGUCCUACUAAAUACUAUUCUUCUUUGGAAACAUCUUUAUACAUAUUUUAAGAAAACCAGGAUCCAGCAAAGACAGACCACAAACAUAAAGGCAUAUUAAGAAUGACACUCAACCACAUUUGUUUGUGUUGUGAUUCUAUGAGCAAUAGCCAUAACUGUUGCUCUUUGUUCAUAUCUAUUAAUGAAUAAAUUAUUUUGUCCUGAUAAGGUAAACAGAGAUGAACUCUCAAGAGAAAAAAUGUUGACUUGCAAAAACCCUCUGUUAUAAUGUUAAUACUCUAGAAGGACAAUAGAAGUAAAAUAAAGAAUACUUUCGUUAACCAUUGUUAAACGAAAGGUGAAUACCUGAGGUCUUUACCUGAGAAUUACACAUCUUUGAAUAUUAUAUUACUGAGCUGAUUAUAGCAAACAUUAGGCAAAGAGCACCAGCAAAUGACAGACCUAAUUAAAAUGUAAAGAAUGCAAUAGUUAAACAGCCUUGGGCAAAAUACAUUUUUUUCAAGGAGUUUUUCAUUUGCAUAUCAGAUAGGAAAUAUUUUUUUCUGACACCACAUCGUUGUGACAUUCAGUUAUAUAAAUACUAAAUUUAUUUACUUUAAAAACAUCUUGCAGUCAUUCUAAAUGCAGCUGUCUGGAUGCUGCUGUGCUAUUUACUUAGGCAUUGCUUACUGAAUUAGAGAAUAAAAAAGAAAUUAAUUUAUAUUUGGGUGAAUAGUUAUACAGAAAAAGAAAUGGACAGAAGAAUUAAGAAUAUUUUUUUUUUGGGGGGGGGCAAUUUAAGGGGUAUACUUUAUCAGUCCUCGGCUGCAAUAUUUGAGAGAAAAUCCCAUCAGUAAAAUAUAUGUCCAAAUAUGUAUCUGAAUGGACCACAGAUAAGCUGAAAUGACAGAUUGUUAAGGAUAACUGGAUAUGUAAUUUCCACUUAAGACACUGAUACCAGUUAAAAGAAUUUAGACAUGAAUUCUAAAGAAGAUCAAAUGCUCACAAAUAGCUGGAUGCUGUGGUCAACCAAAAUAUAUUAACAAUAAUACAUUACCAUGCCUGAAAAAUAAUGUGCAGAUAUCUAAAUCAUACAUCUUAUAUAUUAUACAAGCAUUACAUUUGUAUGUGUGAUUGUAUAAAUAUCUUAAGCCUGUUAAUCUACAUAGUGUUUGUUUAUCUGUAAAUAGUACAUAGACAUAAAUUAAAUUCUAUAAAAACUUAAAAAGAAAUGUAGAAAGGAAGAAUUUACUUUUACUAUAUAAAGUUAGCAAUGUAAUAUUGUGUGGUAUAGAAUAGGAAACACAGGUUUGUGUCCCAGAGGUAGUCCAGCUAUUCCAUGUAAUUGUUAAACUGGCCAGAGAAGGUAUGUAUGUUGCAAAAUGUAGUAGAUACAAGUGUUUAUAUUGGCAGCCUGAAUGAGAGGUUUAAAAAAAUACUUCAUUUAAAAAUGUAAGAAGAGAAAAACAAUUGAAAAACAAUAGUCUAAGAAAUUCAUUAAUUUAUCUUCUGUCUUGGAAUAACCUAAAUAUGAUGACAACCAUACAAAAAAUAUGGACAAACUGAAUUAGUAGAUGGAUUAGAAAAUGGAGUGAAAGAUGCUCAAACUGUCUACAUCUUACUGCCCAGUAACCUUAAGGGAUAGAAAGAACAUUUGGCCGAGUCGGUUGAAGAACUUUUUUUGUAUAAAGUAUGGCGUUGUAAUAGAUUCUCCUAUUACACUGUAUCCUUUGGUAAAACCUUAUAGCACCAGACAACUUCCAAUGCACUGUAAACAUGUUUAACAAGGACUGCUUAUUAUAUUAAAACACACUCGAGUUAUAAGUAAUUUAUAAAAAUAAAUGCUUUGUGUUUAAACAAGCAAGUGUAUUCAGACAGCUUAUGAAUUUUACAAAGAACUGUGUGUAUAUGUGCUGUAUAUUUGACUUUCAGAUAUCUAAAAGCUGCUAAAUUGCAAAUGUAAUCAAAACUCUGCUAUAACUGAGGAACAUUAAACAUGCAUUUGCGAGUGGCUCGAACAAA